AACACAAUUGUCCUCUGGGAGAAGGCAGCACUGACAAACUCAAGUGUCAGCUUGAGUAGGAGGCAGCAACAAAGGGGAUGUCUCUUCAUGUCGAGUGGAAGAGAAAGAAGACGAGGUGGUGGUUGAAGUAAACAUGCUCCUGUCAGUCAAUCUCUGCUGCUGUCCACAUCAAGUCUCCCAGUGAACUACUUCUACAUCUGUACUUCACCACAAAGAAUCUGACUGACUGAAGAUUAUAUGAGCUGUGCUGAAUAUGUGUGCAACUCUCUCUACAGGAGACAUUACAAAAGCAACGAAAGUAUCUAAAGAGCCAAAAGGAAGCGGUGAAAUACAGACUGAAAAAACUGGCUGCACGACGAUCAGCAAUCACAAAAAAGUCCUCAGUGACAAGGCAGAGCAUCAUACAGAAAUAUCAAGAGAUCCAGGCCGUCCUGGAUGAGGACCUGAGGAGGACCCUGUCCCACCUGGAGAUGGAGGAGCAGGCUGCUGUCUCUGCCCUUAAUGGACUGAUGGAAAAUAACUGCUCUCUGAUCCAAGAGAUAGAGCAAGACCUGGCCAGGCUACCCGGAUCAAUGGACGACACCGACAGAGAGCCUGAUACAAUGGAUAUAGGAACACUGAAUGGAGUGAUGGAUGCACUAAGCAGGAUGGACCCGAGCAGUGUGAGCCUGGACGAAGUUAAAUCUGACCAGAUCCUCAGCCUCACCAAAAACAUGCUUCUGCUUAUCACCUCACAGACCCCUAUAAUCAAGAAACUCACCCAGAGUUAUUCCAGUGAGGUGUGUCUGGACCCAAAGACAGCCCACCCGAAGCUGGUCAUCUCCCCCCAAGGUGACAGUGCCACCUACACAGACAUCUGGCAGCAGCUUCCUGAUCUCCCUGGGCGCUUCGACACGACCCUCAAUGUCAUGAGCUUGCAAGGAUUCAACGACGGCCGCCAUUACUGGGAGAUUGACGUGACAGGGAAGACUUACUGGGAGCUGGGUGUCACAUAUCCAAACAUCCCCCGCAAGGGCCCCACUGAAGACUGCUGGCUGGGCCGAGGGGACGAGUCCUGGUGUGUGGAGUUAUUUGAUGGAGAGUAUACAGCCUGGCAUGGAGGCGUGCCCCAUAAGCUGCCUUUAACGAAACGCUUCUGUCGGAUCGGUGUUUUGUGUAGUUACCCCGCAGGGUCGGUGACGUUUCUUGAGGCAGACACCAUGACGCCAAUGUUCUCCUUCUGUGUAGGAAGAUUUUCGGACCGCCUCCACCUGGCCCUGUGUCCCGGCCAUGACCACUGUAGCACCAAUGCUAAGCCUGUAGUGAUCUGUAAUGCUCCAUUGCCUUCCUGUGAUCUCUGAUUAGUGGCUCUACAGAAAAGUAAUUCCUUUCUAAUGCACCAUUUUCUAAUAAUGCACCAAUUGUAAAGGUUUGUAAUUAAAAUGCGUUUUGAAGGUAUAAACGCAAUUAUUGUUCAGCAUAUUACCAAUCGCCGAUUAGUAUAGAGCUGCUAAAAUUGUGCUAUCUAGUGUGGCCUAUCAUUAAGUUCAUUAAACUAAAAAAAAGAGGACCAUGGGAACAGUGUUUGACGUUGUCAUGACCUUGCUCUUUGGGCCAUGACAAAAUGGGAGUUGCACUGUUUUAAAGCGGUUUAAUUAUUCUUUAUUUAACAUAGGACAGGGAAAGUCAUCAAAAAUUACAGGCGGGAUGUGAACGUCAGUUUUAUCAGUAGUGUAGGAUGUGCAUGAGGGUAGAGUGUUAGAUGUGUGUGGUGUCAAGUGUAUCCAACUAAAAAGAAAACGAAGACCAGACAGCGGCCGCACCAUACCAUGGGACUUCUGCUGGAGAGAAAAAAGAGAGAGUUAAUGAACGUCUACAGUUACGUAUGUGACCUUAGUUCCCUGAAGGGAACGAGACGCUGCGUGGAAACGCUGUGGGAACGCCCUGCGUGACCGCGUCAUGAAGCACGUGUGAAAUGGCGAGCUGGUACAUCAUAGGCGGGCGACGUCAGGACCAGAGCGCUAUAAAAGGACCCGAAGGGCGAGCCCAUUCAUCUCUGAAUGGCCGUACCAAGUGCCACAGGCAUGCCGGGAGUAUGGCAUAGACACGCAGCGUCUUGUUACCUUCAGGGAACUAAGGUUACACACGCAACCGGAGACGUUCCCUAUCAGGGAACUCGAGCUGCGUGGAAACGCUGUGGGAACGCCAAUAGCCAAUAGCCACACGCCAUAUGCGCCAGUGACCGUAGUGUGAAGUCAGGGCGCACACUCAGACGAGAGCACCUGCGCUGCAGGCAUGGAGUUAAGGUCUACCCGAUAAAACCUCACGAACGUGUGGGGAGAGGACCAGCCUGCCGCCAUACAAAUGUUGUGCAGCGACCCAGUCAAGCAGAACUUUGGAAGCCGCCAUACCCCUUGUAGAAUGGGCGAGGACAGCCAAAGGUGCGGGCUGACCGGCCGAUUCGUAGGCAAGUGAGAUGGCCUCAACCACCCACUUGCUCAUCCACUGCUUAGACACCGGGCGCCCAGUAUUGGGUGGUCCGAAACACACAAACAACUGUUCAACAAGUCUACACAGGGCAGUCCUGCGGACGAGUCUAAAGCCCUAACUGGGCAGAGGAGGUUGAGCUUCGCUUGGUCCGACGUCAGGAAAGGAGGAGGACAGAACGGCUGCAGCACAAUAGGCCCGAAAGUGGUGGACGGAGCCUUAGGAAUAUAGCCGGGGGAAGGAAGUAAAAACGCCUUCACCAUGCCGGGUGCAAACUCCAAGCACGAGGGGGGCCAACGAGAGGGCUUACAUAUCUCCAAUUCUCAUGAGGGAAGAAAUAGCAAGCACGGAGAGGGUCUUAAGAGCCACGUACUUCACUGCAACCUCUGCGAUGGGCUCGAACGGAGCACCUUCUAGUACGACGGCCAGGUCCCAG